AUGGAAUCCAACACCCAUUUCCCCUAGAGAAAGCUGAGGAGGUUGGCCCUGGUAGAGAGAUGAUGGCAUGACUUGUUCAAGCCUACAAGUUUGUACAAGAGGCUCACAUGGAACACCCUCCCUUGGUGAUUGCAUAUGUGCUUCAGCAGGGAAAGGUGUCAUAGAAAAGGGAAAAGUCUCAGUAGCCCCAGAAAGAAAGAUAGGAGAAAAGAGAAGCAAAAGGAAGCACACCGAUCAGAGAAGGGGGGCUCACUUUUUGCCCGUCUCUGGCCCCAACAUAUCACAGUCGCCGUCUCCAAAGGAUUCCAUUCAACUCUGUCGACUUGGGUAGCAUUGCACUCGCCCUCUCCCACCCCUACAAAACCAAGUUAGAAAGCCACCAAGAACUUUGUAGCUCAAGUACCAAGAACAAAGAAACCAGCUUCCUCCUCUCUUUCUCUCUCCCCCACAGUCGAAUCUAGUGUGUGUGUGAGAGAGAGAGAGAGAGAGAGAGAGAGAGAGAGAGAGAGAGAGAGAAGAGAAGAGAAGAAGAGAGGAACGAAGAGAAGCCAUGAGACUGACCAGAAUUCCAAUCAUCCUUUCCCCUGUAAACCAACCACCCAUCAUUGCGGCCAAACUAUCCUUUUCAGCGUUGGAAGGUGAGCUUUAAAGCCGCCCUCCUCCUCCAUCGCUUCUUCCUACUUAACCUCCUCAUCUCCACCUUCACGCGAUCCGCUUCUCCAUUCCUUGCCGCGUGUAAUUCCCUAUCGUUCUUUUCCGCGGCCACCAUGAAGCCCUCUUGUGGCUCCGUCAACGGUUUCUACGCCUUCGUCGCCCAUGGCGUCGAUGACCUUGGUCGCUGUCUUACGUCGACCAACUUUAUGUCGGUCACCUUCCUGCAGCGCUGCGUCGCGCUGCUUCGGUCCGUCCACUCGCAGUUCAUGAGCCUGGUCCAGAAGCUCCAUCUGCCUCCCGGUGAAAAGUGGUUCGACGAGUACAUGGACGAGAGCGCCCGCGUGUGGGACGCGUGCCAUGUCCUCAAGCUCGGCCUCGCCAGCAUGGAGAGCUACUGCGCCACCGGAGCCGACAUGAUCUCCAUCCUCGAACGACACCGCAGCAAUCCUCAACUCGUUCGACAGGCAAUGCGAGCAAUCUCCGUGUGUCGAAGAGCAGCGGCGGGCAUGCAAGAGGAGAACAGAGUGCUAACGGAGACGAGGAUUGAGGCGCUGUCGCUCCGGACCGGCGAGAAGAUUCCGUCGGAAUCGAAGCUGAACGGGUUCAAUGGGUUCAGGGGAGUGUUGCAUGCAAUGAGGAACGUGAGCUCCUUCCUCUUGAUGGUCCUGCUCUGGGGACUGGUGCACUGGUGGCCAUGCUGCAGCUCGAGCCAAGCGGCCGCGGACUCCUCCUCCUCCUCCUCCUCCUUCGAGCCGACAUACAUGCUGUCGAUCGCAAGGCUGCAGCAGAGGGUGGUGGGGGAGAUCGAGGGGACGGGAGGCAGGCGGCAGGGGGUUCUGCUGUACGAGUUCCGCCGGGCGAGGGCCGCUACAGAGGAGUUGAGGGAGGGGCCCGGAGACGGGGGAGAGAUGGAGGAGAGCCUGAAGCUGUGGUUCGGGCUGCUGAGGUCCGGCACUGACAGCAUCGCCGGGCAGCUGGAUGACUUCUUGGAUGAGAUUGUGGAGGGGAGGAAGAAGCUGGUGGACUUGUGCAGUCACAGCUUGCAGCAGGAAGAAAGUUAUAUCGUCUUGUCAACAAGUUCCAACCAGAUCACAUACCUGGAGAAGAAUGGACAUCUCACUUCUGGUGGCUGUUCUUUGUUGGCUUUCUCUGAAAUCAAAAUAGGGAGGAAAGAAACAGGAACACAGCAUGAUGGAAGCUUUCGUCCGGCUGGGGCUGGGGCUGGGGCUGAUGCUGAGGAGAUGGAGACCAUGAUGGGGAUCGACAAGCCUUCUGAACCAGCAGUCUGACAAUGUCUGCUGUUUGAUUCAUGUCACUGUCUUCAGCACAAAAACCUCAGUCUUGAUGCUUUUCUA